GCUUUAAAACAAGAAAUAUGUCAGGGAACCAGAAAUUUGUGAGUCCUUUCCACAGACCGAACUGUUUAUCAGCCGCUGCUCCCGCAGGACAAGCCAAACUCACACACCCUGGAAAGGCCAUUUUAGCUGGUGGGCUUGCCGGAGGCAUUGAAAUCUGCAUCACGUUUCCUACAGAGUAUGUGAAAACUCAGCUCCAGUUAGAUGAGAAGGCAAACCCGCCUCGCUACAAAGGCAUCGUUGACUGUGUGAAGCAGACGGUGCGUAGUCAUGGGGUGAAGGGUCUGUAUCGCGGUCUGAGCUCUCUGCUCUAUGGAUCCAUUCCCAAAUCUGCGGUGAGGUUUGGGAUGUUUGAGUUCCUCAGUAAUAAGAUGAGGGAUGAGUCUGGGAAGCUGGACAGCACUCGAGGGUUGCUCUGCGGUCUGGGCGCAGGAGUGGCCGAGGCUGUGCUCGUGGUGUGUCCUAUGGAGACUGUAAAGGUAAAAUUCAUCCACGACCAAACUUCAGCAAACCCAAAGUACCGAGGAUUUUUCCAUGGCGUGAGGGAAAUAGUCAGAACACAAGGACUCAAAGGAACAUAUCAGGGACUGACUGCAACAGUCCUGAAGCAGGGCUCGAACCAGGCCAUCCGAUUCUACGUAAUGACCGCCCUCAGAAACUGGUAUAAAGGUGAUAACCCCCAGAAGACUAUUAACCCUCUCGUGACCGGAGUGUUCGGAGCCGUUGCUGGAGCUGCAAGCGUGUUUGGAAAUACACCACUGGAUGUGAUCAAAACCAGAAUGCAGGGAUUGGAAGCUCACAAAUAUAAGAGUACGGUUGACUGCGCCAUCAAAAUCAUGAAACACGAAGGAGCAGCUGCGUUCUACAAAGGCACGGUGCCCAGGUUAGGCCGGGUCUGUCUGGACGUGGCUAUAGUGUUCAUAAUCUACGAGGAAGUAGUUAAAGUUCUCAACAAGGUGUGGAAGACGGAUUAAUAGGGGCGUGAUGCUCAUGGGCGGAGUCUGGCUUUAUGACAUCACACCGGUGUGACAACAGAGAACCUUUACUCAGGGGCCAAAAUAUCUGCCAACAGAAUGUGCUUAAUUACCAUCAUUUAAUCAACAGAUGUAGAGAUUCUCCCAACUAAUGUCAGAAAGACACCAAACACUUGAAAACUAGUUUUUACCAGAGACCAAUUUAAAUUAUACUUUUUUUUCAUUUAUUACAUAUUAAACAUAUUUAGGGAGACUCAUUUAAACUUUAUUUUAUUUUUUAAACAUUGUAAUUGUAGUUUUAACAUUAUUAUUAUUUUCUAAAGUGCAAUUUACCAGCAAAUAUUAUACCAUACAGUUUCCAUUGUAUGUAUUUUAAUUUAGUUUUCCUUUACGUGUGAUUGUAUACUAAGUGCUGAGAGCCUAAUCUGAACACCGUGCAACUUAAGAAACAGAAUAUGCCUUUUAGAAAAAUCUUAACUGUAGUCUAAAAUGCAUAAAAUAACCAAAGUUUUUAAUUGUGAGAUACAAAU